AUGGCCGGUAUCCUGGAACGAUCUCGUCUACCAGCGCACAAUGGGCUCCUCCAUUUGCAAAGGGUGAAGCUCACCUCGAAGAACAGGAUCAGUACCUUCAUGCUUCUGACUUCGGCUCUAGCACUUGGCUCAUGUAUUCCUUUACCGGAGCGCAUUCUCCCUGCCGAGGUUCGAAAGAUGGUUCAAGAACACAAGAAAUUGCACGAUAGGGAAUAUGGGGAAUCCUGGCAUAAGGAGCAUCGGCGACUCGAGGAGCUCAAUCGUCGAUCGAAGGAGGCAACAUCGGGGGUGGAUUCAAUGGAAAGGGCGGAUCGGCCGCAAGGUGGUAUAUUUGUACCGAUGACAUGGUUGAGAAAAUGUGAAAAGGAAUAUUACUCUGGCGACGAUCCAGAAUGGCAGGAAUUUGUAAAACUGUCAAAAGAUUUGAAGCGAGUGAAGGCAGUCAAAUCUGGGUUGACUGCGAGUGUCUGUAGCGAUCUAAAUAAUCGCGCUGUGAUCACCCGCCUCCUCGGCCGACCGUUGACCGUCUAUGCAACCUGGCUGGACUUUGACUUCCCAUCAACAGCACCGGUCGAGUAUGAACGCUCGGGAAUACUUUGGACGAAUGACAAGGUCACAUGGGUGAGCAGAAGGGUCAAUGAGCGACGGGCUAAAAGGCUCUAUAGCGUUCUAUUUCCCACAGCAUUGCUUUCGUCGUUGCAAGCACUGAGCUCGACACUCUUGACAUCUUAUUUUAGUACUUCGCGAAGUCUCUGGUCAAAGGCAGGCAAAUCAGAUCAACAGGAGCCUAUAGCAAAGCCUGUCGAAGGUUCUUCCCAACCUACAGUUGGCUCAAAUGGAUCCAAAAGUGCAUCAAUGCUAAGUACUCAAACGCGCACAAGCACACAUCAGAAUCUCUCCUUGGCUGCAACACCACGUGUGCAGGCCGAGCUUAUCCGCAACAUUAUGCCAGAAGCAGAGCCGAACUCAGCCAUUUCUGCUGCAGCCAGAGAUUUCAAGCUUAACUUCUUAAGAAAAUGGCGCAGCACGCAACUCGACAUUCCACGAGGAGCCUGCUACCUGAGGGGUGAAAUUGGCAUCAAGGGACCAAAAGGUCGGUGUAAGAUGUCUGUCUACGCAGUGUAUCUGCCUAAAGAAAAUGCUUUCGUACAUGUUUUGGCGUCGACCACUGGGAUCUGGCUAAAUACCCAACGUCCACUUGGAAAACCCAAGUCUGAAAAGCCGCAGCUCGAAAAUGGUCCGAAGGGUUGA